CCGUCUCUCCUGCAGGGCAGCAUGAGCACCAGCCACCCUGAGCCAGAGGCCCAGGCACCCCGGAGCCCCUGCCCACAGCCACUGUCCCGGAACUCUUUCAGCCUGCUGGGCGAAGGCCACGGGCAGAGACCAGAGCUCUGCAAGAGCGCCAGCAGCACUGUGUGGCAGGCCCAGCUGGGUGAGGCCAGCACCGUCCCCCAGACCCCAGAGGAAGAGGGGUACCAGGCAGACAGCGUGGAGCAGGUGCAGGCCUCCAGCCCGCAGCCACAGCCCAGAGUAGUGGGCCAUUGGCGGAACAGCACCGUGGGCAACGUGUCUGCUGUGGGCGGUGGUGACCUGUGUCACGUGCGGUCUCCCAGCACCGUUGCCGUGCAGAGGAGCCACUCAGACCUGAUCUGCAGCACCCAGACUCGGGGGCACAGUGGAGUUUGGAAGGCCAGCCUUAGCUGCUCAGCCCUCGGUGGCUCACCCAUCCAGAGGACUCCGCUGCUGCCUGCCAGCAUUUCUGGCCAGCAUGGUCAGCCCCCUGCAGGCCUGGAAAAGGACCUGGCUCCUGAGGACGGGGCAGCCUCCAGAACUGUGGGGACCUCAGACUCAGCCUGGACCCUGGGGGAGAGUCAGGUGUGGGUGCCGCCGCUAGAUCUGGGCGACACAACUGCCCACAGCAGCAGCCCUGAGGCCAGGUGCAAAGCCAUGGGACAGCUGGCCCCCACCUCCUGCCAUGCUCUGCCUCCAGCAGCUCUCCCCUGUGGCACAAGGGAGGUGGGGGCCGGUGGCUGCUGCCACGCCCUGCAGGCCACAAGGAUCCUGGCAUUUCCCAAGCUCGUGGCAUCAGUGAGUGAGUCUGGCCUGCAGGCUCAACACGGGGUGAAGUUCCAUUGCAGGCUGCCUGGGGGGUUACCUGGGUACUCCCAUUGCUGUGCCCACCCUUGGGGUCCUAGCGGGUUAGCCACGGAGGCUGGCACCAGGACCAAAGAUGUGUGGACCAUGACCUCAGCCAGUGACUUGGUGUCCUCUCCAACAGCCCAGGAUGCUGCUGUGCAGGCAGCCCCUGCAGCAGCCUGCAAGGCUGUGGCCACCAGCCCCACUCUGGAAGUCCCUGUGGCCUUGCACGUGUACCCAGGGGUGACUCUCGGGCCCAGCCUGGAGGAGGCUCCAUCCCCAGUGCAGGACGUGCAGUGGGAUGCGGAGGGCAUGACAUGGGAGGUGUACGGGGCCGCGGUGGACCCUGAGGUGCUGGGCAUGGCCAUCCAGAAGCACCUGGAAAUGCAGUUUGAGCAGCUGCAUCGGGCACCCGCCAGCGAGGACAGCCUGUCUGUGGAGAGCCGCCGGGGGCCACUGCAAGCUGUCAUGCAGUCCCUGCGGCACCCCAGCUGCUGCGGCUGCUCCAGCGCAGCCCCCGAGUGA